AUGAAUCAGGACAAUUUCCCAUUGAAAUUCCGCCGAGCGUCGAGCAAACUUCACAAGGAUCCCCCUAGCUUCAGUUCGCGCAUUCUUCGCAGUCAUCAAAGCACCACAUCGCUCAAACGCACCCCCUCCGCCCCCGUUUAUCCUCGUUCCUCUCCCAGCGGUAGUCGCGAGCAUAAUCGGUCGCGAUCCAACGCACAAUUCGGCUCUUCCUCCUCAUCACUGGAACAGAACAGUGGCGGGCCGUCGCCCUCGAACGAAGAAUCCAGCGGCUUUUUCUCCAACUUCUCAUCCCGGUCCCGCACUCGCAGCUCCAACCGCUUUUCCUACAACGAGCAGAGUUCGGAUGAAUUAGGCGCCCCUUACGAAACCCGGGGCAUGCUCAGUGCAUUGGACGAGAAUAGCGCCGAAGCAAACCCUCAUUCGCAGCAAGCGCCCGGUCCCCAAUCUCAACACGCCAGCCCCGAUAACCGUGGGCGCCACUCACUCCGCCAGUCAGCCAGUUUCACCACCCUGACUCAACGGAUGGAUCCCUUUGCCCAUCGCGAGACGGAACGGGCGGCGAAUGCCAAACGAUAUUCCGAUGAUGGCACGGUGCCCCCGGCGCCACGAACGAGGCAGAGCAAGAAGGCGAGCUUCUCCAGGUUCGUGGACAGUAUGCUGGGCUCCCCCGGUCGCAACAUGAAAAUUUCAGCCCCGGAGAAUCCAGUCCAUGUGACCCAUGUCGGUUACGAUAAUCAAACUGGCCAAUUCACGGGUCUUCCGAAGGAAUGGCAGCGGUUACUUCAGGAGAAUGGUAUCUCCAAGAAGGAGCAGGAGGAGCACCCGCAAACUAUGAUGGACAUUAUGCGCUUCUACGAAAAGAACACCCGUGGCGAUAGUGACGAUGAAGUCUGGCAUAAAUUCGAUAAUGCGCAGGCGACGAGUCCAAGGGGACAGUCGCCGCCGGGCAGUCCACGAUUCCCGCAAAACCACGAGAGCAGCUUUGAAAACCCACGGGCGCCACCACCAAUUCCACGCGGGCCAGCAGCAGGCACACCGAGCAUGUCCCCACAACUGGGAGGUAUGAUGCCGCAUCGCGCCCCUCCCAAGCCCCCGGCCAUGACCCCAUCCCGUCCUCCGCCGCAACCCCCAGUCGCGAAUGCCUACAGUGCCCAACAACCACAACGACCCCAGCUCGACACCUAUGGUUCUUCCUUUGGCACUCCGACAAUACCAGAGGCCGAAGCAGUACCUUCACCUCAUCGCAGCCCCUCCACCUCUCGAAAUGGCACGCCGGCGUCCAACACCCCGAAUGUGUCCAAUGCCCCGAAUGUGAUCGCGUCCCCAACACAAUACCAACGGCAGCAGGAGCAGGUCAUGGCUGCAGCACAGCAGGCACUGGAUCGCAAUCGCAGCCAGCGCCAACAAGCACAGCAGCCCCCAGCUAUCUCUACAUCAACCACUACUCCGGCACCCGAUCUGUCGUCUGGAGUAUCGCCCUCUGCGCGUGCUCCCCGGCUGCCCGACCCCGCCAGCGCCAGCGCCAAAGCACUGCUAUGGAUAUUCGUUCGCAUUGGUCAAGGUGCUUCAGGCGGUGUGUUCACCGCGUAUGAACUUCCUCGCAACAACUGCGUUGCGAUUAAGCAGAUGAACUUGGACUUGCAACCCAAGAAGGAGCUCAUCAUCAACGAGAUUCUCGUUAUGAAAGACAGCAAGCAUAAGAACAUUGUGAACUUCCUUGAGAGCUACCUGCAUGGGUUGGAUCUUUGGGUAGUUAUGGAGUACAUGGAAGGUGGCAGUCUCACAGAUGUUGUCACUUUUAACAUCAUGAGUGAAGCACAAAUCGCAGCAGUUUGUCGAGAGACAUUGAGCGGUCUACAGCAUUUGCAUUCUAAAGGUGUUAUUCAUCGAGACAUCAAGUCCGACAACAUCUUGCUCUCUUUGGAUGGUAACAUUAAGCUGACUGACUUCGGCUUCUGUGCCCAAAUCAACGAGUCGCAUAACAAGCGGAACACUAUGGUCGGUACCCCAUACUGGAUGGCCCCCGAGGUUGUGACCCGCAAGGAGUAUGGCCGCAAAGUCGACAUCUGGAGUUUGGGCAUCAUGGCCAUUGAGAUGAUUGAGGGCGAGCCACCAUACUUGACUGAGUCUCCUUUGCGUGCGCUGUACCUCAUUGCCACCAACGGAACACCCACCAUUAAAGAUGAACACAACCUCACGCCGAUCUUCCGCGAGUUCCUUCACUUCGCUCUGAAGGUUGACCCUGAGAAGCGGGCAUCGGCACACGACCUCCUGAAGCACCCAUUCAUGUCCUUCUGUGCACCCCUUUCGCACCUCGCCCCCUUGGUCAAGGCUGCUCGUGCCAGCCGGGCCCAAGAAAAAGCCCAAAAAGGAGGUGCUUGA